UUUAAUUUUUGGGAAGUAUGAAUGGAGGAGGGACUACUGGAGAAUAGUCGUAUCAUUUUAAGUCACAUAAAUACUGAUGGUGGAGCUUUAAAGAGCAAUAGGAGACUCAGCUCAUCUCCAGGGAACAAUGAAUAUCUGCAGAUACGCAGAUAAACAGAGCCCUAGCGAAGAUCAGGUUUAUGAACCGUCGCACCACCUUGACUGCCCCCAAAUUAGGAUUGUCCUGCUGGGCAAAACAGGAGUGGGGAAAAGUGCAGUUGGCAACACCAUCCUGGGCAGGACGGAAUUUGUAUCUGCCCUCAAGAAUGUGUCUGUCACCCACCGGUGUCAAAAGGAAUAUUGUGACAUUUCCAAUAGACACGUGGCUGUUAUUGAUACACCAGGCCUGUUUGACACUGACCAGCCCAGUGAACAAAUCCAGAAUGAGAUAGUGAGAUGUAUCCAGGUCUCCUCCCCAGGGCCACAUGCUUUCCUGGUGGUCAUGCAACUGAACAGAUUCACAAAGGAGGAGAAGAUGUGUGUCGAAGCUCUGCAGGAGAUCUUUGGUGAAGAAGCAAAUAAAUUUAUGAUCAUCCUGUUCACUCGUGGAGAUGACCUCCAAAAGCAAACCAUUCAUAACUUUGUCAGGGAUGCUCACCCAGACCUGAAGGGGGUGAUCAGGAAGUGUGGGGACAGGUACCACGUCUUCAACAACAAUGACUCGUCCAAUAGGGACCAGGUGAAUCAGCUAUUGCACAUGAUUGAGCGGAUGAUGGCUAUGAAUGGGGAAAAUUUCUAUACACAGCAGAUGUACAUGGAAGUAGAGACAAAGAUUAGGGAGAAGGAGGAGGAGAUCAAAGCGAUGAAAGCAAAGGGGAAGGGUAAAAUUAGCAAGGAAGAGCGUUUGAAGAGAAAGUUGGAAAAUGACUGGAUACUCGCACAUAAGCUGGGUGCUGUGGUGGAAGCUGAAAUUGACAAGAAAAUCAAUGAAUUCAAGGAGGAGAUUCGAGAGUCUCAAGGACAGAGUCAAAAAAAGACUCACAAAAAGACUCAAAAAAAGACUCGAAAAAAAGCAGAGGAGUCAGACCUUGAUUUGAGUUUUGCACAAAAACUGAAGCAGAAAGUUGCCCGGGCUUUCAGGAUUACUAAGCAGUAAUGGCUCUAACAGUUUAUUACAGACAUCAUCAAAACUGUAGCAUUACAAAAAAAUUACAAAAAAAUCAUGUGUUUGUGUUGGAGGGAUCUGUUGACAAUAUUUGCUGAUAAUUUGACACAGUUUUACAAAUAAAGUGCCCCAUGUUUUAAUGAUUUCAUUUAAAUAUGCUUUCUAAACCAAAUGUGUAACCAUAUAGCAAGUUGUAAGUUUAUGUCGAAUACAUUUAUAUAGAGUGCACCUGUGUUAAAUGAAUCUGUCUUUUGGUUUUAUUUUACAUGAAUGCCAAUAAAAGAAUGAAAAAACGGUUUACCCCAAUCAUUUGUUAUGUUACUCAAGAUGACCAAAGAUAACAUGUCAGCAUCAGUUUUAAAUUCGUAACACAUUAUGAUGUCGUUCAUUCUGUUACCACAUGCAGGGCUUGGGGGAGGCAUGGACACUGUAGCAGAUUCAGGGGACCCAGCACUUGACAGAGACCCUUCAAUACAUAUAAAUAUACAGUUGGGUGGAGGGAGUGUGGGCAACAUACAGUGACAGUGCUUUUGAGCACUGUCACCUCACACCUUCUCCAGGGGUCUAAUGCUACCCCUCUUCCGUUUGUCUUGCAGUUUGCAUCUUCACCUCACUUUCUAAGGGUUUCCUCUCCAGUAUCCCCAUACAAUCCAAUGACAUGCAGUCAGGCUAACUGGUGUCCCCAAAUUUCCCAAGGUGUAUGAUUGUGUUUGUCUGUCUCUUUCUCAUGCAAAGUUUUAAACAUUAAACAUUAUUAUCUCUCUUUCCCACAAUUAUCUUAUCCCUGUCUAUACUUAAGCAGCCUAACAGCGACUGCACUUAAUCUGGCUACUUGCAAUCUGUAUUUUUAUUCGCCCCGUUUGUACGUUACUUUUUCCAAAAC